CAUCAAGUAGAAGCCGGCAGUGUUACAACGGAGUCGACCGCUGCAUCCACUUCUUAUGCUGAAUCGUCUAGUGAUAGCGAUGGCACUGUGGACAGCUCCAUUUCACAAUCGCUCAUCUGUACUCUAUCAUAACCUAGAAUAUCAUCUGUCCAAUGCCCUAUGAGCACUUCAUAAAGUGUUCAAAAUGUUCCGAAAAUUGUUUUGCGUUUCCUUGAUCUGCGCUUUUGUCUUCAUGAGCUUCAACCAAGUGGAAGCCGGAAGUGGUGCCUCUUCUACUGAGGCCUCUGAUGAAGCCGGCAGUGGUGCCUCUUCUACCAGGUCCUCUGCUGAAGCCAGCAGUGGUGCCUCUUCUUCAGGGGCAUCUGAUGAUAGUUCUGCUGCUGCUGUAUCGACUGCGGCACCUACUAAAGGCAACUCCAGCUCCAAGGGAGGAUUUAUUGGAAAACUCAUUUCACCAUUGAUCAAAAUACCAAAGGAUGCUCUCCAACAUUUUCUUCACUUGUUCGGUUAAAAACUAGGGAACGUCUGUUUUAUGAAAAAUGCAUGAUGUCGAAAUAUAUAUGCAACUGCUUAUAAAUAACUCGUG